AUGGAAGGAAUCACAAUAAGAGAAAAGGCAGCAUUUGCCUCUAGCCGCCAUGGCCUUAGAGUUUCGUCGCAGGAGAUGCCUUCAUCUGAUAUGGAUCGAUGCCUGAACCUUAUCGGGAAUACAACUGGAUUAGAUGGAAAUCUUAGGCUCUACACAUACUAUGAUAAAGUAGAUAUAGGUGCUUGGGAGGUGACCUUUACUCUCUUCGACAGGGAUUCAAGUUGGGAGAGUGAAUGCCAAUUGCCAGAGAAAGGUGGUAAGUUCGGCCUUUGUGAGGACAACCAAUGUGUUGCUUGCCCAUCACCUAAUGGGCUACAAGGCUGA